UUUGUUUCGCAGUAGCAGUUGGUGGGCGCAUGCGCAGCCGCAACCUCCGCUCCCCCCCCUGAGCCGAGCGCUGACAGCAGGCUGGCCGGAGACCGUCGCUGCCUCCGCCGCCGUUGUCGCUUCCGUCUCCGCCGGCUUCCAGUCCACGUUGUGAGCUGCUGUCUGGAUACAAACUGACACCAGAACGGGACUUAAUUCAUGUUACAGAAAAAAAAAAAAAAAAACAACAGCAACAAAGUGCUUUCGGAGGCUUUUUUUUUUCGCCGAGCUUUCUCCUCUCCCGUCCUCCUCCCGGUGGUGAACGGGCUAUCGGUGAAGGAAGGGAUCUUUUCACAGCCAGUAUGGACAGAAGGAAAGACUACAGCGGCAGAUAACUAUCAUAUACACAUGGAUAUGAUGAGACUCUGACCGAGAGGCCAACAGCCGAGAGACGUUUGACUGCAUGAAGAGGCCGAGUGACGGGACCCUGGUCCUCACCUAGACCCCUCCCACGACCCCCCACUGCCUGGACAUGAGGUCGUUCCGAUCAUUUGCAAACGACGACCGCCAUGUCAUGGCCAAGCACGCCAGCAUCUAUCCGGCACCGGAGGAGCUGGAGGCCGUCCAGACGCUGGUGUCCACUGUGGAGGGAGCCCUCAAGAAAGUCUCUGAUUGGAUGGAUGGCCUCAACAAAUCCUCAGGGAAGACCUCCACCAGUAACGAGGCUGGGGACAACACAGUGGAGAAAGACGCUGCUGAGACGAAGCCGGAUGGCCCGUCGGUGCUGUGCGGGGUAACACGUGUCGGUCUGGUGGCCAAAGGCCUGCUGAUCAAAGGGGACAUGGACCUGGAACUGGUUCUGAUGUGCAGAGAGAAACCCACCAAACUGCUGCUGUACACCAUCAGCGCCAACCUCCCCCUGCAGAUCCAGACAAUGACGGAGGACAAAUACAAGGUGCAGUCGUGUGUGCCUGAGGCUGCCAUCCGGGUCUGCAGCACCAAAGACCCCCAUCUCACCCUGAAGAUCACCCUCUCCUCCUUAGCCAUGAGGGAGGAACACAGCACCACAGAGGAAGAGGAGGGCGAUCCGGACGACAACAAGGAGAGGCAGGAGGACGAGGAGAAGGAAGAGGAGGAAGAUGUCCUGGACAGGCAGAAGUGCCAGGCUGCGCUGGCUUCGCUCCGACACGCCAAAUGGUUCCAGGCCAGAGUCACAGAUCUCAAGUCCUGCGUCAUCGUCUUGAGGAUUUUCAGAGACAUGUGCAAUAGACUGCCUGGGUGGCAGCCUCUCAAAGGAUGGCCUCUGGAGCUGAUCUGUGAAAAGGCCAUAGCCACCUGUAACCGGCCGCUGGGUCCAGGCGAGGCCCUGCGUCGCGUCGUGGAGUGCAUCGCCUCAGGGAUUCUCCUGCCAGGUGGUCCAGGAGUUCAUGACCCCUGUGAGAGGGAACCCACAGACGUCCUGUCUGACCUCAGCACCCAGCAGGCUGACGCCAUCACAGACAGCGCACAGUAUGCGUUACGCCUCCUAGCCUUUGGACAGCUUUACAAGGUCUUGAAUAUGGAUCCUCUCCCCGCCAGCAAGCCCUCACCAAGGCUGUUAGAAGGCGGCUGUCAGAAGAGGCUUCGGGAGGACGUCGGGUCGGAUGACAGAGACUUCAUCAAAAGGAUGAAAGUCCUGGACUGGAGGAUGACGGAUCCAAACCACCCCAUGAACGCUCUGAUGCGUCUGAAUCAGAUCCACCCGGGCCUUCAGUACCGCCUGCUGUCCCAGUCCGGCCCGGUGCACGCUCCGGUCUUCACCAUGUCCGUGGACAUCCAGGGAACCACCUACCAGGCCACCGGGAACUCUAAGAGAACCGCCAAGCUCCAAGUAGCCCUCAAGGCGCUGCAGGCUCUGGGCUUCGUGCUCGGCAGCGACGCAGACGUGGACUCGCUGAGCGCCGACGAGAAGUCAGAUGGCGAAGGCAAGAACGACAGGAUGUCCACCAGCUCCAGCUCCACCUCCAUCACGUCCUCCACAGACACACAGGAGUCCAGAGCUCCAGGUCCGAUCCUGACGGCGGGGGGGAAAAACCCGGUGAUGGAGCUGAACGAGAAACGCCGGGGCCUCAAAUACGAGCUGAUAUCGGAGAGCGGCAGCAGCUACGACAAACGCUUCAUCAUAGAGGUGGAGGUGGACAAGCAGGUUUUUCGGGGGACGGGUCCCAAUAAGAAAGUAGCCAAAGCCAGCGCAGCACUAGCCGCCCUGAACAGCCUGUUCUCUGGCUCCAAAUCUACGAGCAACAAGAAGAAACGACCCAACAACCCUCCUCCAAAGCGACCCGUUGCCUCUGUGCUGACCCUCCCGGCCCUCGCUGCCAGACCUCCACGAGUUCCCGUCAUCCCCAGAGCCCCGUACAUCAGCACCCCACCCGCACACGGAUACAUCCCCCCAGGCUUCGGUGCUCCUUAUGGUUACAGCCCUGCAGGCGCCCUCCCUCCCUACGGCGGCCUGUAUAUCGACAGUGCCUAUUACCAGCCGCAGACCAUAGCCACACCUAUCAUCAUCCACCUGGGUCCUCAGGAUCUUUUCUGACCCCGCCGAUGUACCGAGACCAGACUCUGCAACAGCCUCGACCUCCUGUUUAAUCCCUCACCCUUAUUAAACUCUGUCAGCGCCUCUCAAUUACUGCGGCACUGUUCCCCCAGGUUCCUCCUUCCACACGAGACACAGCAGCAAUAUUGAAAGCAAUAUGGAGGAGAAAACACCUCGGGCAACACUCUGUCAAGUCCGGGUCGGUUUUUAGUGAAGAAGAGGCUGCAACCGAGACUUUGUUUGACCCAGCUCGCUCAGAAAAUGUCAAUAAAAACACAAAGCAAUACUUCUUCUGCCUUCGGGAAUCUCAACGUGUUCCAAAGCGACUUGACUCGAGUUGCUGAAUUCAAAACAGACCAUCAGCACCGGCACAUUUACACUAAUGUGACCUUCUGUAUGUAAAUACGAUAUUUACUAUCUGUAUAUAUGGAUGUAUGUGAGUUUUGAAUAUGUAAAACCCGACAACGGGUAAAGAAACAUAUUUAUAAUAUAUCUCUGAAUGUAAAUAGUGACUGAAGUAGCUUUGUAUUUAAAGCACUCUCAGAUAUGCUAUAUAUAUGCAGAUAUCUAUAAAUAUUAAGAGUUAAAUACAUUUUACAAGCUGUCUGUAACACUGUAUUGGUAUAUAAUCCCUAUUUAAACAUGAUUACAUGUAGUAGACUAAGUAGUAAUUUUCCAUUUCAAAGCACCAAGACAAAUAUCACUUACAAUUGGACAAUACCAUGUUUUAAUGAUUUAUUCUCCAACUAAUAAGCUCUUAAAUUGAAGUUUGUCAACUCUGCUGCUGUUACACAUCCGGUUCCCAACCCGGGAGCAGGGGCCCCCAGAAAGGGUCACGGGACAAGAUGAUUAGCAGAACAAACAUAUUUCUACACGUAAUUAUCUUUUACAGAUUAUUAAGCCAGUGACAAGGGGUCACAAAUAGAUUUUUUUUUUUUUUUCGUUUUUAAAGGCUCUCAAGACAAAAAGGUUGGGAACAACUGGUUUAGAAACGUAUCUGUUAAGAAAUACGAUUACUUUUCUCAUAUUUCUGGAUUAAAGCCUUUAUUACAGUAUAUGUAAUUUUAUAUCGCAAUAUAGUAAAUAUUAUAGACAAAUUAUGAAUGUCUGUUUUUGGCUAAUCCAAUUAAUUAGCUGACAAGUCGAGGGACUUCAAUGACAUGGAUGCAAAGGCCCUGUCCAGUCCUGCUCGUUGUGUCGGCAACAAUAGCCUAAAACACAGAGAUUAAAGGGACGGACAUCGCACGGUAUGUGUCGUCCGAACACCCAACCACUAAUUUAUAUUUACAUAUUUCUAGCCAUGUCAGCAGUCUUUAAACUUAAACUAAGCUAAACCCCAUCAGACUUGGCCAAGACAUUUGUUAGCAAUGCUAAUGCGGAACAUCAUCUUCUCAGUUUUACAUGCUAUCCAUCUGCAAACAUUUUACUGUACGCAGAGCUGAACUGAAGGUGGUUAGCUUUUGCUUAAUUUGUUAGCAUUCAAGAACUACAGCUCCCAUGGUGCUUUGAGAGCGCACUUAGAUGUAUGGUCAUUACUAAUGUGAGCUGUAGUUGAAUGCUAACAAAAUAUCUUGGACAGAAAAUCUCUCAUGUUUGAGGUUUAUAGAAACCCCCCGUGUAAAAAAACAGAUGCUAGUGGAACAGAGUGUGCGGGACUUCAGCUUUUUAUAGAGGCACCUGAUACUAACUGCAUAAAACAACUGAAACUUUAAAUGAUUACUCUAAAAGAAGAUUUCCUGGUUGGACAAAUUGUGGAACUUUCCCUCGAGAGAAUUUAUAUAAAAUUAAUCUUAAUUGGCGAGAAACAAUUUAGCGAAGAAAACAAGAUACUGUUGGAAUAAAUGGAGCUAAGACGCCAGUUCCAUUAGCACAUCACUGUACAGCAAGCCAUUCACAAAAGCGUAUUUACACUGAGAAAAAAUGAUUAGAUUUAAAGAAAUGAUAAAGUUUUAAGAAGCGGUACCAGAUUAAAUAACUAAAAGAUGUCUUUGGUGCAUUAUUCCUCGCUGCAGCCUGACUGGAAAGCACAAGUGUCUAAAGCAAUAUUCAACUCAGGAACCUUCAACCCAUUAAAAAAACCACAGGAAUGCAAACUUAAUCUGAUUAUGUGACACAAAUUGUCAACAAAGCCUCUGUACUGUAGAUGACCCGAUGCUUUGACAGAACGUGAAUGCCACUGUGGAUAUUUUAAGUGUUUUGAUGUCCUGUACUGUUUGUGUUGAUGAAUGUAAAACCACAUUUUACUUCUUCUGCAGAAGAUUAACAGGCCAGAAAUCACAAAGGUCAAAAGAGUGUUGGUUUAAACCAAGGUACAAUGUGCUUUUCUUGUUUUCAUUUAACAAUUUAAUUCAAGAUGGAUUUUAAGGUCUAAAUUCUGUCUAUAAGCUUCUAGAUUUGGCUUAAAAAUUGUACAUGUGAAUAAUAAAGGACGUGACCUCUUUAAUUUCUUAAAUUGUAAUUACAGUCCUGGCCUCUGACCGUAUGGAAGUUCAUUAAUGACAAAAGUGCGCGCACAGUAAAACAUUUGUGCUGUGAUUUAUCUGCAAGUAGAGCACACAAGGAACGAUUCUUUGAGCACAAAAUAAAACCUUGUUAUCAGUUUAGAAACUUCUCAGCAGACAAAUUAUAUGAAUUUAAUAACGUGGAAGUGCUAAAGAGGCAGCGAUGAAAAAGCUGACAGAGCAUGAUGGGAAGGAUAUCAACUGCCAAAACAGAAUAGAGGCAGGCGUUGUGAAUAUACAGUACAUCACUGUAUAUAUAAUUUUAUAUCAUGAUCAUAAAUGUUUUGGAAUUCAAUUGAGAAAAUUGUUUUUAGAUAAAAUAACCAAAUGGGAAUUUUUUUUUUUUUUUUUUUUUUUUUUUAAAUCAAAUCCUGUGAAUUAGAUACUAACUGAGGUAUUUCCAGUGGUGGAAGAAGUACUCAAGUAAAAGUCCUGCAUUCAAAAUCUUAAGUACAAACAUUAGCAUCAAACUGUACUUAAAAAAGUAAAAGUAUGUGUUCAUCACUUUGAUGUUGCUGCUGGUAAAGGUGGAGCUAAUUUUAAUGACUUUAUAUACUGCUGGGUACCUUAAUCUAUAACAAUAUAUCAUAAUUUAUUAGCUGAUUUAUAAUUUGUAUUAAAUUAAUCUAAAUCUGCAAAGUAACUAAAGCUGUCAGAUAAAUGUAGUGGAGUAGAAGUAUAAAGCAACAUAAAAUGGAAGUACUCAAGUAAAGUACAAGUACAUCAAAGCUGUACAGUACUUGAGUAAAUGUACUUGGUUACAUUCCACCACUGGAUAUUUCUUCAGAAAGUAUGUAAAUCUCAAACUGCCAUAAAGCAGCGCUGCUAAUCGAUUUGUUGCCCACUAUAGCCUAAUACGACCCGAGAUGUUAAAUUGUCCACCUCCACCAAAUAUCUACCAGUAGACAAAUGUUUUUAUUAUCUCACGGUACUGUAUAUAUGCCAUAUUAAUGUCAUAGGGGAGUUACCAUAAUUACCAGUUUCCGACUUUUAAAUACACUUUAUACAUCAGCACUCAAGUUGUUAUUUGUUGGGUCUCUGUAAAUAAUACUAUAAAGAGUUCGGUCUAGACCUGCUCUAUAGGAAAAGUGCAAUGAGAUAACUUCUGUUAUGAAUUGGCGCUAUAUAAAUACAAUUUAAAUUAAUUGAAUUAAUCACCAUCGUGUAUCUUGGAUUUUUCUGUCAGAUAUGCUGACUUGGCGCUUAAUAAAACGUAAAUGCAUGAAAAGGCAAACAAUAUGGACGCCUCACAUCAGGUCCAUGUUCAGGGUAAUUAACCCAGAAUUGUAUGGAUAUAGAGUUAUAUUGUCACUGCACAACAUUGUUAAACCCUUACCAGACAGCAUUUUGGUCAACUCUGGUUGUUUUUAAAACGUGCUAUAUAAAUAAAUGUGACUUGACUUACCAACUCUGCAAUCAUACAACCGUCUUGUUUGCCUGACAACAUGAACAUUUGCAUGUUGUAAACAUGGAAAUCUUUCCUAUCUGUACCAUCCAUCAUAUCAAUAUCACGUCUCCCAACCUUAACUGAGAGCAAAAGGAGGCUCUACUUCUUCCUCAAACCUAAAGACACAGCUCCUCUGGCAAUGUGACUACAUUCACCCUGUCUUCACUCUUUUUCAAAACGUGUUCUGUCUUUGCAUGCUCUUAAAUCAUAACUUACCGCUGAACCGCUGUCUUGGUCGCAUUCAAUAGUUUUGUCUUUUCUGAACUUCCAUACUAAUAUUUCUGUACAGCUCCGGCAGUCUUCUGAUCUCUGUCUGGCUUUGAGUUUGUUUCUGGCAACACAGCCAGGAUUUCUUGUCUUUACUGUGUGAAAUCAGAAAUGCUUCUCUGAUCUGUAACAGUCGUGCAAAAACUUAAAAAGAAAACGUGUAACAGGAAUAGAAGAGGCAUAAAAGACGUUCGAGAAAUGUGUGUCGUGUUUGUUCCUAACCUCAUCUUCAUCAGGGAGAGUGUUCCUCCUCCUGUCACACUUGGCUGCUGCGGAGCUAAUUACAUCUGAGCGAACAAAAAGACAGUGAAAGGACUGUCUGAUUACACACUGCGAGAAUCAAAUAACAGCCCAAAACAAGACAUUUAAACCAGCUGUUUAUAUGAAAAGCUGUUGCACUUAAUGAGAAAAAAAUGUGUAGGAAGGCUGUUUGUAACUCUGCAGGAAGCUUAUUUGGUCUCGAGUAUCCCACUGAUGUUCCCCGAACACCUCCGUGCUACAUGACGCAUACAGCAGUUUGAUCAUUACAUUUCCCACUGCAUCAGAACCAGUACCACUUAUUGUCCAGCUAACAUCCACUUUAUUGUUCUUGCCAGGAGCAGCACGCAGCAGAGGAAAAUAAAAACACUCCAUUAGUCAAACUGUUGAUCUUUUUCCCUCUUGGAAUAUUUAUUUCUAUUAAAUAAACUUUCACUUCUCCUGCGGCA